AUACGUUGUUCUCAUCAAAACUCAAAAUGGGAUUCUCCAUUGGCUUAACAACAUUAGUUGCUUGUUUCAUCACAUUUGCUAUAUUUCACUCAUCUCAAGCUCAAAAUUCUCCUCAAGAUUAUCUUAACCCUCACAAUGCAGCUCGUAGACAAGUUGGUGUCGGCCCUAUGACAUGGGACAAUAGGCUAGCGGCCUAUGCCCAAAAUUAUGCCAAUCAGAGAAUUGGUGAUUGUGGGAUGAUCCACUCUCAUGGCCCUUACGGCGAAAACCUAGCCGCCGCCUUCCCUCAGCUCAAUGCGGAUCGUGCUGUGAAGAUGUGGGUCGAUGAGAAGCAAUGGUACGAUUAUAAUUCAAAUACUUGUGUACCAGGAAAAGUAUGUGGACACUAUACUCAGGUGGUCUGGCGUAACUCAGUACGUCUUGGUUGUGCUAGGGUUCGAUGCAACAACGGGUGGUAUUUUAUAACGUGCAAUUAUGAUCCACCAGGUAAUUACAGGGGACAACGUCCGUAUGGUGAUCUUGAAGAGCAACCGGCCUUCGAUUCAAAGUUGGAACUUCCCACAGAUGUCUAAUGAGUUUACAUGAUCAAAUUAUGAAUGAAUAAAGCUUCUUUAAUUAUUAAGGAAAAUAAAAUCCAGUGCUAUGCUAUGCAUGUAAUGUUUGCUAUGCUAUGCAGGUGAUGUUAUCUUACGUAGUUGGAUAAUAAUCUAAUGGUUGUUGUUGUAUUCUAAAUUGUGAACAAUAUGGACCGUUUGGACCCUUGUAUCUUCAUGUUGGUUGAUGGAAUCAGUUUAUAUAUCAGUGUUUCAUUUGUUGGUUUAAA